AUUUGACAAGAGGCAGUUGGUAGUAGACUGAGUUUCACUUUCAGAUGUGGAAUGAGGAAGAGGUUGAUGUUUGGCUCUCUAAAAUUUCUGCCCAAAAGACAGAUGGUUGGAAAAAAAAAGACUCUGCUGCUAAAAUGCUGCGGCUGUGACACUACAGGCAGCAGAAGAACAAGCUAGAUGCCCCGAGCAUGGGAGCUGACAUGCCAAAAGCAUGUUUGCUCAGGAGCUUGUGCUAAAACACCGUACAGAGAUUCUUCAUGCUCUCUGCAGCAGUGGCUCAACUGAACAUCUGGAAAGAGUUCUGGAUAUAUUGCUUUCCCAAGAGGAGAUUCAAUCGGAGGACUGUCAGAGCAUACAGGUACCAGGAAGGGCACUGUACACCAACGCCAGACAGUUGCUCGACUUGGUAUACACAAAGGGUGAAGACAGCUGCCAGCUCUUCUUUGCUGCUCUCAAACAGGUCUUGCCAGAAGUACAGGGAUCUGCUUUCUCCUCAGAAUGCUCACCCAGUCUAGAUAAAAAAGCUACUCCGAGCACAUCAACUGAGACGCUCCUGACUCAAAGGCCAAGCCUUGUCUGUAAGCUUCAAGGAUGCAUCGAUGGUGCUCUCCAAGCUCUUGUUGAAACAGGUCACUUUUCCUCAGCAGAGUGUGAUGAUGUGAAGCUGCCUGUUUACACUCCUUCUCAACAGGCAAGGCGUGUGCUCGACCAUGUCAGAUCCAAAGGCGAGGCAGCAGCAGCGAUUGUUCUGGAAUAUGUUGAGCAAAGACUGGAAUCUGGGUGUGCAUUGAACCAGGAGAAACUGACUCCUCUUCCCAAAGAGUUCUUGAAAUACCAGAAGAAGCUGAGCAGCUCUGUGUCGGCACAGUCCUGCUUUCUCAGUACUUAUGGAGGAACCAGUCACAUGUCUCUGGACGACAUCUACACAGAAGUCCAACUUGAAAUACAUCACAACAAACCUUUUGGCCUGGAGGAUGUCAUUGGUCCUGUGGGUACGGUGAACGAAGAGGCCGACACCGUGCUGGUAUCUGGAGAAGCGGGCAGUGGGAAGAGUACUCUGCUUCAGAGGCUGCACUUGCUUUGGGCUCAGGGUGGGGCCCUUCAGAACUUUCUGCUUCUGUUUCCCUUCAGCUGUCGCAGAUUGAACUCAGAACAGAGUGAAAUGUCUGUUCAAGAGCUGCUGUUUCAGCACUGCUGCUGGCCUGACAGGGAGCAGGAAGAGAUUUUCCAGUUCAUCCUGGAUCACCCACAUCUCAUCCUCUUCACUUUUGAUGGCCUGGAUGAGCUCAAGCAAAGCUUUUCAGAUGAUCAUAGACUCUGCUGUCCCACCCAGCGAGCACCCGUUCAUGUACUAUUGUUCAACUUAAUUCAGGGUUCACUCAUGAAAGGGGUACACAAGUUAGUCACAAGUCGUCCAGAAGCAGUGGGUCCUUGCUUAAAGAAGAACCUUCGCAAAGAGAUCUUUCUGAAAGGCUUUUCCCCAGCUAGCAUUGACUGCUUUGUAAGAAAACAUCACAGUGAUCCAUCUGUUGCUGCAAAGGUUUUAGGAUCUCUACAAGCAAACACAGCUUUACUUGGACUAUGUCAUAGCCCAGUUCUUUGCUGGAUAGUCUCACAGUGCCACAAGGAGCUGCUAGGCUGUGGAGGAGGAAGCCCACAAACAAUCACAGAUGUUUACCUGAUGAUCUUACAACACUUUUUUCAGCACCAAAGUACCCCGAAAAGCACCAUAAGGGUAGACUGGUUGCAGGAGCACCUUAAUACAGUCUUGCAUCUAGGGCAGCUUGCUUAUGAAGGGAUAUCAAACACCUACUACAUUUUUUCAGGUACAGACCUGGAGACAUGUGGUAUAACUGAAAAAGAUAUUUGCAUGGGCUUCCUCAUACAAAGGAAAGACUUGUCCCCAACCGACAAUUGUUUUGAAUUCCUUCAUGUUACAGUGCAAUGUUUCUUUGCUGCUCUCUUUGUCAUUUUGUCAAGUAACAAUGACCGUUCAGUUAUCUCUAAGCUCUUUGAGCUGCAGGAAAAAAGCGAAACAGAUCUUAGUGGUGCAUGCUUCAGAGCCUGCCUGCCCUCCAAUGAUAAACUACAGCAGGUAGAGAAUGAAGCUACUGCAGCAAAAACACCAAAUCUGCAGAUAACAGCUACCUUUGUGUCUGGACUACUGUCCCAGCGCCACCAAAGCUUGUGGCUCAACUGCUGCUCAAGUGCUGUGGUGGAGAAGAAGGGCCGACAGGUAGCAAGAUGCCUUUCAAAAGGCAUGCAGAAACACUUCCGGUCGAUUCCCCAGCCUGUGCAAGGGGAGAAAAAGAGCAUGCAUGCAAUGCCUAGCUUUGUCUGGCUUAUUAAAUGCAUUUAUGAGAUGCAAGAGAGCAAGAUUGCAAAAGAUACCAUGAGUAGGCUGGAGGUGGAUCACCUGAAAUUAACAUACUGUAACAUCAGCCCUGUCGAAUGCACUGCACUUGCCUAUGUGCUCCAGCAUUUAAAGAGCCCUGUAGGCCUCCAGCUGGACAACAACUCUGUGGGUGAUGUUGGAGUGGAGCAGCUUCUUCCCUGCAUGCACAUUUGUAACUCUUUGUAUCUCAGAAAUAAUAACAUUACAGAUGAGGGCAUCCGCAAACUUAUUGCUAAAGUUAUCCAGUGUGAGAACUUUCAAAAAAUUGCCCUCUUCAACAACAAGCUAACAGAUGCUUGCACGGAGCACUUUUCCCACCUUCUGAAAACCAAGCAGAAUUUCCUUUCAUUAAGGUUGGGAAACAAUAAUAUUACAGCAGACGGAGCAAAGCAGCUUGCAGAGGGACUGAAAUUUAAUCAUUCGCUGCAGUAUUUAGGGCUUUGGGGCAAUAGGAUCAGUGACGCAGGAGCAGAAGCACUUGCGAGUGCUUUACAAAACACCAAGUCUCUCUUGUGGCUGAGCCUUGUAGGUAAUGGUGUGGGGAGUGCAGGAGCGUGUGCCCUCUCCAACAUAAUCAGGAACAGUACAUCACUGGAGGAGCUUUGGUUGACAGAAAACUGCAUAACCAGAACAGGAGUGGAGUCUCUGAUUGAAGCCUUAGAGAAAAAUUCUCAUGUGAAGUCAGUAUGGUUGAAAAACAAUCACCUCAGUUUGGAAGAGGUUGAGGAAAUGAAACGGCGUGAAUCAAGACUGACUUUUUAAUUUGUAUUAUGUCAGUCAAGGACUGUGUAAAGUAGAGCUGUUGGUAUUUAUUAAAGGAAAUAUUUACAAAUAAAUUGUUCUUCAUGAAAUGUUGAAUUUGUUUCAUUUGAUUUAAUUUCUGCAAGUAUGCUCAAAUAUACCAUAUAACAAAUAAAUAUACACAAAACUAC